AUGAAUAUGGAUAAUCUCCGUAAAUUAACCAUUAAACAACUUUCCAAUGUGCGAAGUCUUGAAAAGGCCAAUAUGGUCAACUUGGUCAAGAAACGUUAUCUCAUAAGCCUGGAACUGGACUGGAAUGUUGCAAAUAAUCCUGAUGAUGAUGCAAGUAAUCCGGACCUUGAUCAACCUGUUCUGGCAGCUCUACAACCCUAUCCUACAAUUAGAGAACUCACCAUUAGAGGGUACAAAGGGGGUAGGCCUGCACCAUGGAUGGAUACUUCUCUUUCUCUCCUUGGAAAUCUUCAACUUAAUGCUUGUACAAGUUUGGAAGAGCUGCCCUCUCUAUGGAAGUUGCCCUGCCUUAAGUUUCUGAAAUUGAAUGAAAUGAAUGCAAUAAGAAGUUUGGGUUGUCACUUCUCUAGCCAGAUCGACAUACAAUUUCCAGUUUUAGAGCAACUUGGAUUUUAUGACCUUCCCCUCUUGGAGGAAUGGAAUGGUGCGGAUGACUAUAUAUGGUUCCCUCAUCUCAAAAGCUUCAAAAUUUGUGACUAUCCCAAACUAAAGAAAAUUCCUGACCUCCCGUUGUCUAUAAAGAAUCUCACACUGGAAAAUUUGGGUUUAGAAGCUCUUCCACGAUCCUACAACUACAAGUGUUCCAAUGGUUCUAGGACAUUUGGAGGAUUUCAGCGGCUGAUGAUGUCCCUCGAGACCCUUCAAAUUUCUGAGUGUCCAAAAAUUGUGCAGAUUGGAUUAAUCGACGAAGAUGAUGAUCAUCUCCUUCCGUCGUCACUGAAAGAACUUACACUUUCAAUUCUUUUCAAAGAUGAUGAUUUGGCAAGUUAUCUACAAGGUCUUACUUUGCUCACUGGCUUAUCUUUAUAUUUUUCUCCGGGCGUGGAAUCACUUCCUUUAGCAAAUGAGCUGGAACAUCUGACUGCACUUCAAAGGUUGUAUAUCAAGAGUGGUGAAACCUUGACUUCACCAGGAGGCUUAUAUAUUAUAAAAUCUCUUACAUCUUUGAGCAUUUCUGAUUGUCCGAAAUUCCUCUCUGCUGCUGAGGUUGAGUCAGAGGAAUUUUUAAAAGACAAGACAAGGAAGCAUGCGGUAUCAUCUUCCUCAGUUUUUGAUCACUCUGCAAGUGAUAAGGUUACUAGCAUCCUUCCCUCCUCCCUUGAAUAUCUAUCUUUUACAGACUCUGGCAUUUCGCAAGAGUCAUUGGGUCGAUGUCUUCAAGGUCUUUCCUCACUGAAAGAUUUGAAAGUAUCAGGUUGCCAUCGUUUGGUGUCUCUUCCCAACAUAGAGUAUCUGCAUAAUCUGACAGCGUUGCAGAAAUUGAGGAUUUAUGAUUGUAAAGAAUUAUGUGAAUUGGAGUCAUUGACGGGACUUGCCUCCCUCAGAAUAUUGGAGAUUAAGCGCUGCUCCAAAUUAGCAACAACAACAGAACAAAGUGCCACAAAGAAAAAGAAGGGAGCAUUACCUUCACUUGAAGACAUUGAUAUCGACGACAUCUUCUAUCUACCCAUGAUACCGAUUUCAGAAAAGCUAAAGACCCUUUAUAUCAUAAGUAGUGACAAAGAGCUCACUUGUUUCCCUUCUGAGAUAGAGGAGUCGUUGUUGCAAUAUCGGAAGUCUCUGGAAAAUUUACAUUUGUAUCGGAUGUCUCAUCUGCAAUCUUUACCCGCAAGUUUGGAGAGCUUUUCAUCGCUCAAGUUUCUUCGUAUACAUUCUGCUCCAGAACUCAAGUCACUGCCCAGGAUGCCUGCCUCCUUGGAGAGACUGACAAUUUAUGGAUGCAGUGCAAAGCUUGAGAAGCGUUACCAAAAGAACAUCGGUCGGGACUGCCCUAACAUCAAGUACAUUGAAAUUACAGCUGACAAAGAGGACAAGGCCGAGGCUCAAGUCAAUUGCAACUGGGUCAGCAGCAGACUUUGGCGUUCCGCAUGAUCAUAUAUAUGUAAUACCAACUGCAGGAGCUGGUCAUUCAUCAAAAGGGCAAGUUAUCAUUUUUGAACCAAAUCUCUUUGUGCUUUAAGCUUUUCUUUCCAUUCAUUUUGAAAAUAAACCAUAGAGAGAUUAAAUAACCCAUUCCCCGAUAAUCCUCUCCUUGGGUGUUGUUUUCCACACUUCUAUAAAACACAACUAAUUGCUAAAGAGAUUGAUGCUUCUGUUAAAGUUGCAAAAGUAUUACAGAAAUUUGAUGAUGUUCUUGGGAGACUAAGGGCGUGUGUGAAGAAUUGGAAUCCCACUGCUUCGGAUGUUAUUAAAUUUGAAGAGAAGCAAUCAUGACUGGCUAUACAUAAUAUAGUCUCAUCUUCAGAAUUGAAAUGCUUUCAAUAUUUUCAUUUUACACUUAUUUUUAUCAUUCUAAAUUACAUCCGCAUUUUGAUUGUAAAAUAACAAUCUUGGAUGAAGACUUAUAAUCGAGUAAAUAUAUAUUUUUAUGUUAAUAGCAUAUCAGAUGGACUGAAGCGCAAGGUAAGCUAGAAGGACUUGAUCCGUGGAUACCUGAUCAAAUGUGGAAGCACUUUACCAUUGCAUUGUAGACACUCUAUACUUGAUCGAACUUGACGAGGAAGAACCAAUCAAAUACACAAGAGGAGGAUAGUGUCUGGUUUAACCAAAUUGGAGAUCAUCACAAACAAGCAAACUCAUUCAUUUGGAGAGGGGAAUGGUGAAAGUAUUAGUUUCAAGUCUCCGAUUUGGAAGCUUAAUUUGUUCUAGUAUUUUUUUUUUUAGGGAAUCGUGUAAGUUAUUCCAUGAACACGGUUCAUUUACUCUAUUUUAGAUCUUGGGACGUGUUGCCAUGUUUAUUAAAAUAUAAUGGGUAAAAAUAAAUCUCUAAUUACCCAUUUUUAUCUUAA